AGUCCGAGCCGAGCCUGUGAGGGUUUAGGUUGCGCUGGGAGAGACUGUGCGCGUCUGGUCGGAGCUUCUCGAUUAAACUAAGGCAACUAUUCCGAAAUGGCUGACCAACUGACAGAAGAGCAGAUUGCAGAGUUCAAAGAAGCAUUCUCAUUAUUCGACAAGGAUGGGGAUGGUACCAUCACCACAAAGGAACUUGGCACUGUUAUGCGGUCGCUUGGACAAAACCCAACAGAAGCAGAAUUGCAGGACAUGAUCAAUGAAGUAGAUGCUGAUGGCAAUGGAACAAUUGACUUUCCUGAAUUUCUGACUAUGAUGGCUAGAAAAAUGAAAGACACAGACAGCGAAGAAGAAAUCAGAGAAGCAUUCCGUGUUUUUGACAAGGAUGGCAAUGGCUAUAUCAGUGCUGCUGAAUUACGUCAUGUGAUGACAAACCUUGGGGAGAAGUUAACAGAUGAAGAAGUUGAUGAAAUGAUAAGGGAAGCAGAUAUUGAUGGAGAUGGCCAAGUAAACUAUGAAGAGUUUGUACAAAUGAUGACAGCAAAGUGAAGAGUGUACAGAAUGUGUUUAAAUCUCUUGUACAAAGAUGUUUAUCUGCCUUUCUUUGUUUGUAACUUAUCUGUAAAAUGUUCCCUUACUGUCAAAAAAAAUGCAUGUUUAGUAAUUUAGAAUUUCAUCCAUGUUUCCCAUCUUGUCAUUUUUUCCCCUCCUUAUUUGGUUUAUUUUUGUUUUUUUAAAUCGAGUAUCUAGUCUGCUUGUUGGAAUGUGGAGUAAACAACUCUAAAACUACAGAUCAUUAACAAUAUGGAACUUAUGGUGCACUAAUGCAAAACUGGUAUAUCCAGGUACUUGUCUCGUACACAAUUUAUUAUUUUUUUUUUUUUUUUCUUCACCCCUUCCCAGCGCCUCCCCUCCCCCCCUCCAUCCAUUUCCAAACCUGUGUACGGAACAUUCACAUUCACUGGUGAGAGCUUUGCAAAACAUCACCACAAUACAGAGUUUCUCUGCCAGUAAAAAAAAAGUGUACUUUUUUUUUUUUUUUUUUUCCCCAUUUGUUUUUGUUUAGCCACUUCCUUCCUUAAACCUGCUUAUGGCACAAUUUGCCUCAAAUCCAUUCCAAGUUGUAUAUUUGUUUUCCAAUAAAAAAAGACAAUUUAUUAU